CCAUGGAUAUAAUAUUUGGCAGAAAUAAGAAAGAGCAACAGGAACCUGUGAGGACCCAGGUGACAGGCAAGAUUCCAACAUGGCUGCAGGGAACCCUGCUUCGGAAUGGGCCUGGGAUGCACACGGUGGGGGAGACCAAGUACAACCACUGGUUUGAUGGCCUGGCCUUGAUCCACAGCUUCACAAUUAGAGACAGUGAAGUGUACUACAGGAGCAAAUACCUGAGAAGUGAUACCUACACCUCCAAUAUCGAGGCAAACAGGAUUGUGGUGUCGGAAUUUGGAACAAUGGCCUAUCCAGACCCUUGCAAAAACAUAUUUUCCAAAGCUUUCUCCUAUUUGUCCCACACCAUCCCGGAUUUCACAGACAACUGCCUUAUUAACAUCAUAAAGUGUGGAGAAGAUUUCUAUGCGACCACAGAGACCAAUUACAUCAGGAGAAUCAACCCACAGACUCUGGAAACCCUGGAGAAGGUUGACUAUCGUAAAUACGUGGCUGUAAAUCUGGCAACAGCGCAUCCUCAUUAUGAUGCAGCUGGAAACGUUCUCAACAUGGGCACAUCCAUUGUGGACAAGGGGAAGACAAAAUAUGUAAUAUUUAAGAUCCCUGCCACAGUACCAGAGGACAAGAAGAAGGAGAACAGCUGCUUGAAGCACACAGAGGUGUUCUGCUCCAUUCCCUCCCGCUCCCUGCUUUCCCCAAGCUACUACCAUAGUUUUGGCAUCACCGAGAACUACAUUGUUUUCAUUGAGCAGCCCUUCAGGUUGGAUAUUCUCAAGAUGGCAACCGCCUACAUCCGGGGAGUGAGCUGGGCAUCCUGCCUGGCCUUCCACAGGGAGGACAAGACUCACAUCCACAUCAUUGACCAGAGGACUAGAAAGCCUGUAGUAACCAAAUAUUACACAGACCCCAUGGUUGUCUUCCAUCACGUCAAUGCCUACGAGGAGGAUGGCUGCAUACUGUUUGAUGUCAUUGCCUACAAGGACAACAGCCUCUACCAGCUCUUCUACUUGGCCAACCUGAACCAGGACUUCGAGGAGAACUCCAGGCUCACCUCCAUACCCACACUCAAGAGGUUUGCUGUGCCACUCCACGUGGACGAGAAUGCAGAAGUGGGCUCAAAUUUAAUCAAACUUGCAUCUACAACAGCAACAGCCCUGAAGGAAAAAGACGACCAAGUCUACUGCCAGCCAGAAUCGCUUUAUGAAGGCUUAGAGCUACCUCGAAUUAACUACACUCACAAUGGGAAACCAUACCGAUAUGUCUUUGCUGCUGAAGUUCAGUGGAGUCCAAUCCCAACUCAGAUACUAAAAUAUGACAUUCUCACAAAGUCAUCCUUAAAAUGGAGAGAGGAACACUGCUGGCCGGCGGAGCCCCUGUUCGUGCCCACACCAGGCGCCAAGGACGAGGAUGACGGAGUUAUCUUAUCAGCCAUUGUCUCUACGGAUCCUCAAAAACUGCCUUUUCUGCUUAUUCUGGAUGCCAAAAAUUUUACAGAAUUGGCUCGAGCCUCUGUCGACGUGCAGAUGCACCUAGAUCUACACGGGUUGUUCAUCCCAGAGAUGGACUGGGAGGAAAUGUCAACUAUAGUGGCCUAA